AUGGUGUCCUUCAUUAACCUCCUCACACUCGCUCCGGCGGUCGUUUCCGCUCUCUCCGUCGGCAAGCCGGGAGGCUCCUUCGGCAACCCCCUCGAAGAGAGGGAGGACUCGAACGCCACCUGCCGCUGCUUCCCCGGCGACGACUGCUGGCCCACGGCAGCCGAGUGGGACGCCUUCAACACCACCGUCGGCGGCCGUCUCAUCGCCACCGUGCCCAUCGGCGCCGUCUGCCAUGACAGCUCCUUCGGCUCGUAUGACGAGGCCAAGUGCACGGCGCUGCAGAACGCCUGGGGUCAGUCCGAGACGCACAUUCAGACCUCCUCGUCCGUCAUGGCCGCCUUCUUCGCCAACUCCAGCUGCGACCCCUUCAACCAGCCCACCGAUCGCUGCAUCAUCGGCACCUACGUCCAGUACGCUGUGAAGGCGACCAGCGCUGCGGACUACAGCGCCACCAUCAAGUUCGCCCAGGAGAACAACAUCCGCCUCGUCAUCCGCAACACGGGCCACGAUUACCUUGGAAAGUCCACCGGUGCCGGUGGUCUUGCUCUGUGGACUCACAACCUGAAGGAUAUCUCGGUCAUUGACUACAAGUCUACUGGUUACACCGGCAAGGCCGUUAAGGUCGGUGCUGGUGUUCAAGCCGGUGAGGCCCAGGACGCUGCUCACGCUCAGGGACUCGUUGUUGUCGGCGGUAACAGCCCGACUGUUGGACUCGCGGGAGGAUACACCCAAGGCGGUGGCCACGGCCCUCUUGUUUCCAAGUACGGUCUUGGAGCUGACCAGGUUCUCGAGUGGGAGGUUGUCACUUCCGGAGGCCAGACGAUUGUCGCGACUCCCACCGCUUACUCUGACCUCUACUGGGCUCUGAGCGGUGGCGGCGGCGGUGUCUACGCUGCUGUUCUGUCCAUGACCGUCAAGGCUUACCCUGACAUGAUCACCUCAUCUGCCAACCUGACCUUCACCAACACCGGUGUCACCGACGACGUGUUCUACGGCGCUGUCACCACCUACCUCAAGACUCUGCCUGAUAUCGUCGAUGCCGGUGCCGUCAGCAUCUGGCUCAUGAGCCCCGGUGUCUUCCUCAUGCAGCCCACCACCGCCCCCGGUCUCACCAAGGCUGAGCUCCAGGCUCUGCUCCAGCCCACCAUCGAUGCCCUCGACGCCGCUGGCAUCACUUACGACUACCACAUCAACCAGUACGACACGUACCUGGACAGCUACAACGACAUGAACCCCGAGCCCGCCGUCACGGAGUUCAACAUCGGCGGCCGUCUGAUGCCCCGCACCCUCGUCGCCGACGACGCCUCCGCCACCACGCUCACCACCGCCCUCAAGUCCAUCCUCGACAACGGUGCCAUCAUCUCCGGCCUGACCAUCAACGUUGCCCGCGACUCCAGCGCCACCCCCAACGCCGUCAACCCCGCCUGGCGUACGGCCCUCUUCUCCGCCGUCGUCGGAACUGCCUAUGACCGCGCCGAUUUCUCCACCCUCGUCUCCGGCCAGACCACCGUCACCAACACCAUCGUGCCCAUCCUGGCCGAGCUCACCCCCGGCGGCGGCGCCUACCUCAACGAGGCCGACCGCAACCAGGCCGACUGGCAGGACGUCUUCUACGGCGGCAACUACGCCAAGCUUAAGGCCAUCAAGAGAAUCUACGACCCCUGCAGCACUUUCUACGCUCUGACCGGUGUCGGCAGCGACGACUGGACUGUCCAGAGCGACGGACGUCUGUGCAAGGCGUAG